GCUGAGAUUCAGGUUGAGUUCAUUUCAGUAUCGCCGUUAGGCAAAACUAAAAUCAUUGACCAUGAGUAGAAUUAUACUAAUGAUAGCUGCAAUUACUGGCAGUUGUUCGGGUUCAAUAUGGCACUUAGGAGGCCAUGAAGGGGGUCCGAACCUUGGAGAAAUUUCAUUAUAUGACCAUGGUCAUGAAUUGCCAACUAUCAGUCUAGGAGAUUCUGGACAUGAACACUUGAAUCUUGGUUGGGACUCAAGUAUUAGUAUUGGUGGUGAUCAUGGUGGUCACGUGAUCCCAAUAGUGAAAGAAAUUGUUGUGCCAGUCGUUAAGGAAGUUGAAGUUAAGGUUCCCUAUCCAGAGUUUCAGUCAGUUCCACAACCUUACCCUGUCCCUACGUUUGUUCAGAAGCCUGUUCCUUAUGAGGUGAUCAAGCACGAAGUAAAGAACGUUGAGAAGAAGGUACCCGUAAAAAUCGAGAAAAUUAUACCCUAUCCCGUGGAAAAAAAUGUGCCAUUCACAGUUUACAAAAGUGUACCUGUUCCAGUGGAAAAGCCUUUUCCAAUUAAAAUUCCUAUCUACAAAACGAUUGUUCAUAAAUCACACCAUAAAAAAUAAAAAUAAAAAUACUAUUAGUAUUUA